UGCAUCGAGUCGUCCGAAGUCCAAACCAUUUCUAUUACCGGGUCAGAUCAAAACCCGUUUCAACUUCUUCCAAGCUCUCUGACUCUGCUUGUUUUUCCCGUUUCUCCAAGAAGAAUAUUCAAAUUUAGUAGCACAAAACCUGAAACAUUAACAAUCAUGGCGGAUUCUUCGUCGGGGACGACGUUGAUGGAUCUGAUAACAGCGGACCCUGGGCCGGCUCCGAAGUCAUCGGGAUCCGCGGAAGCGCCAACUCCUCCGGCAUCGCAGCAACCGACUGGAUCGAUGUCAUAUUCCACGCCGAUGACGACGACGGCAAGUUCGUCCUCGGUGUCAGGGAAGACAGUGUUAGGAGAGAGAAAGUCUAAGAGAGCUACACUUAUGCAGAUCCAAAACGACACCAUUUCUGCUGCUAAAGCUGCCAUGAAAACUACUGCUGGUAUCAAUAUCAUGCCUCAAAAACAAAAGAAGAAUCCGGUUUCGUAUUCGCAACUAGCUAGGAGUAUUCAUGAACUAGCUGCUACAUCUGAUCAAAAAAGUUCUCAAAAGCAACUAGUGCAUCAUGUGUUUCCGAAACUUGCUGUUUACAAUUCAGUCGAUCCGUCAUUGGCACCGUCUCUUCUCAUGCUGGAUCAGCAAUGUGAAGACAGGACGAUUCUGCGCUAUGUGUAUUAUUACUUGGCUAGGAUUUUAUCAGAUACUAGUUCUCAAGGUUUAAAUCCAGGUGGUGGAAUACCGACUCCUAAUUGGGAUGCUUUGGCUGAUAUUGAUGCUGUUGGAGGGGUGACUAGAGCUGAUGUUGUACCAAGGAUUGUAGAUCAGCUUUCUAAAGAGGCUUCAGAUGCUAGUGUUGAAUUUCAUGCACGUAGAUUGCAAGCAUUGAAGGCUCUUACAUAUGCUCCCGAAAGCAACACUGGUAUUUUAUCCAGAUUGUAUGAGAUUGUAUUUGGCAUUCUUGACAAGGUUGGUGACAACCCUCAAAAACGAAAGAAAGGUGUUUUUGGGACUAAAGGUGGUGAUAAGGAGUCUAUUGUUCGGAGUAAUUUGCAAUAUGCUGCACUAAGUGCAUUAAGAAGACUCCCUCUUGAUCCUGGAAACCCAGCAUUUCUGCACCGUGCUGUACAGGGGGUUUCAUUUGCUGAUCCUGUUGCUGUAAGGCAUGCUUUGGAAAUUCUCUCUGAGUUGGCAGCAAAAGACCCUUAUGGAGUUGCAAUGGCUUUAGGAAAGCUUGUAGUCCCUGGAGGGGCAUUGCAGGAUGUUCUUCAUUUGCAUGAUGUGCUUGCUAGAGUUUCGCUGGCCAGGUUGUGUCAUACAAUAUCUAGAGCUCGUGCAUUAGAUGAGAGGCCUGACAUUAAAUCUCAGUUCAACUCAGUGCUUUAUCAACUUCUCCUAGAUCCCAGUGAAAGAGUCUGUUUUGAGGCAAUCUUUUGUGUCUUGGGAAAACACGACAAUACAGAGAGGACUGAGGAGCGUGCUGCUGGCUGGUACCGUUUAACAAGGGAGAUACUGAAGUUGCCAGAAGCACCCUCUCUAUCAUCGAAGGGAUCUAGUGCUGAUUCAAAUGAUAUGUCAAAGGCUUCUAAAGAUAAAUCCCACAAGACUAGGCGUCCACAACCUCUUAUUAAACUUGUAAUGAGAAGGUUGGAAAGUUCUUUUCGUAAUUUCUCCAGGCCAGUACUUCAUGCAGCAGCAAGAGUUGUGCAGGAGAUGGGAAAAAGUCGCGCUGCUGCAUAUGCUGUAGGCUUACAGGACAUUGAUGAAGGAGUUAAUAUGCAUUCAUUUUCUGACAGUGCAGAUCCAGUCGAUUCGGAUUUUAAUGAAAAUCCAUAUGCAGAUGGUGCCCGGAAGGUCUCUGCUGUAUCCAGUGCAACAGGUAGCAAGGAUACAAUUGCAGGUUUAUUAGCUUCAUUGAUGGAGGUGGUUCGGACAACUGUAGCCUGUGAAUGUGUCUAUGUUCGAGCAAUGGUAAUCAAGGCUUUGAUAUGGAUGCAACUUCCACAUGAAUCUUUUGAGGAAUUGGAAUCCAUUAUCGCAUCCGAGCUUUCUGAUCCAUCAUGGCCAGCAACAUUGUUGAAUGAUGUUUUGCUGACUUUACAUGCUCGUUUCAAGGCAACACCAGAUAUGGCUGUCACCCUGCUUGAAAUUGCGAGGAUCUUCGCUACUAAGGUUCCAGGAAAGAUUGAUGCUGAUGUGUUGCAGCUUUUGUGGAAAACGUGCCUUGUCGGUGCUGGUCCUGAUGGGAAGCACACAGCAUUGGAAGCAGUCACUAUAGUCCUUGACCUCCCACCACCACAGCCUGGGUCGAUGUUGGGGCUUACAUCAGUGGACAGGGUAUCUGCAUCUGAUCCGAAGUCAGCUUUGGCAUUGCAGAGAUUAGUCCAAGCAGCGGUGUGGUUCCUUGGAGAAAAUGCAAAUUAUGCUGCUUCCGAAUAUGCUUGGGAAUCUGCAACGCCUCCUGGCACUGCAUUGAUGAUGUUAGAUGCAGAUAAAAUGGUUGCUGCUGCCAGUUCUCGUAAUCCUACUCUAGCUGGUGCUUUGACUCGACUACAGAGGUGUGCUUUCAGUGGCAGCUGGGAGGUUCGGAUUGUUGCUGCUCAAGCCCUCACAACUAUGGCAAUCAGGUCUGGUGAGCCCUUUAGGCUACAGAUCUAUGAAUUUUUAAAUGCUUUAGCACAGGGUGGAGUGCAGUCCCAGCUCUCAGAAAUGCAUCUUAGUAAUGGGGAAGAUCAAGGAGCCAGCGGUACAGGCCUUGGAGUCUUAAUAAGUCCCAUGGUAAAGGUCCUUGAUGAAAUGUAUAGAGCACAAGAUGAACUGAUCAGAGAUAUAAGAAACCAUGACAAUACAAAUAAAGAAUGGACAGAUGAAGAACUGAAGAAACUUUAUGAAACGCAUGAGAGAUUGUUAGAUAUUGUUUCAUUGUUUUGUUAUGUUCCAAGAGCAAAGUAUCUACCUUUGGGACCAAUAAGUGCUAAGCUUAUUGAUAUUUAUCGCACCAAGCACAACAUUAGUGCAUCAACUGGCUUAAGUGAUCCAGCUGUUGCCACUGGAAUUUCUGACCUAAUGUAUGAAUCAAAGCCGGCCCCUGUUGAGUCUGAUGCGCUUGAUGAUGACCUAGUAAAUGCUUGGGCAGCAAACCUAGGUGAUGAUGGUUUAUUGGGAAAUAGCGCACCUGCAAUGAGUAGGGUCAAUGAAUUUCUCGCUGGUAUGGGAACUGAAGCUCCGGAUGUUGAAGAGGAAAAUAUAAUAUCUAGACCUUCAGUCAGCUAUGAUGAUAUGUGGGCAAAGACACUUUUGGAGUCUUCAGAGUUGGAGGAAGACGUGAGGUCAUCUGGGUCCUCAUCCCCAGACUCAAUAGGGUCAGUUGAAACUUCUAUAUCGUCCCACUUUGGUGGAAUGAACUACCCAUCACUGUUCAGUUCUCGGCCCACCAGUUAUGGAGCAUCACAAAUAUCGGAGAGGUCAGGUGGAAGCAGGUAUAGCGGUCCCUCAUCCUUUUAUGAGGGUGCAGGUUCUCCGAUUAGGGAAGAGCCCCCGCCGUACACGUCACCUGACAGGUCAUUUGAAAACCCCUUGGCUGGGCAUGGGUCCCGGAGUUUUGAGUCACAGGAAUCAGGACGAGCAUCAUCUGCAAAUCCACAAUAUGGCUCUGCACUCUAUGACUUCAGUGCGGGUGGAGAUGAUGAGUUGAGUUUAACAGCAGGAGAAGAGCUUGAAAUUGAGUACGAAGUUGAUGGAUGGUUUUAUGUCAAGAAGAAACGCCCUGGCAGGGAUGGCAAAAUGGCCGGACUAGUUCCUGUACUGUAUGUCAAUCAAAGUUGAGGCAGCCGAAUCUUCGAAGCAAUCGAUUCCCACAUGCGCUGAGCUGCUGCCACCUUAUUCUUUCCAAUUCAUGAUUACUCGGAGACACCUCUUACCGGAUUUUCACUUGGCGUGCUGGAGGAGCUCCAUACAAGUUGUUGCUUAUUUUUACUUGAAUCUUUCCUUCUACAUUCCCUCUGUAGAAUGCGAGUUUCUCUCACCCGAUUUUUCAGAGCAGAGUUUUGAUGGCUUGUUUUCUGUUAUCUGUAAUUAUUGUAUGUCUCAUCCUCAUGUUUCUGCAUUUUAGGCUUGUAGAACAUUAAAUCCAAAUAAAUGACGUGUGAUUUCUGGGCA